GAGGAGCUUCAUCUUAGAUGACAUCAGCACUUUCCAAACCGAAAGUGUCUCUUUCAGACAUUAGCUGUCGAGAAGAAAUGGCGCAGCAAAGUGUUCAGCUGGACCAGGAAAAACUGUGCUGUUCCAUCUGUCUGGAUGUUCUGAACAAUCCGGUGACUAUUCCCUGUGGACACAACUACUGCAUGAGCUGCAUCACAGACUGCUGGGAUGAAGACGGUCAGAAAAAAAGGCCCAGCUGCCCUCAGUGCAGGCAGAUCUUCACGCCGAGGCCUGUUCUGGUGAAAAACUGUGUGUUAGCCGAGUUAGUGGAGGAACUAAAGACUGCAGGACUCCAAGCUCCUCCAGCUGAUCGUUGCUGUGCCGGACCUGGAGAUGUGGCCUGUGAUUUCUGCACUGGGAGAAAGCUGAAAGCUCUCAUGUCCUGCCUGACAUGUCAGGCCUCUUACUGUGAGCGCCACCUACAGCCUCACUAUGACAAAGCUCCUUUAAAGAAGCACAAGCUCAUCAAAGCAACUUUACAGCUUCAGGAGAACAUCUGCAGUCGCCAUGAUGAGGUAAUGAAGAUUUUCUGCCGCACUGAUGGGCAGUGUGUCUGUUACCUCUGCUCCAUGGAUGAACACAAAGGCCACGACAUGGUCUCAGCUGCAGGAGAAAGAGCUGACAGACAGACAGAGCUCGUGGCCAGUCUGCAAGGUGUCCAUCAGAGAAUCCAGGACAGAGAGAAAGACGUGAAGGUGCUGGAGCAGGAGGUGGAGGCAAUCAGGCGCUCUGCUGAUGAAGCUGUGGAGGACACUGAGAGGAUCUUCGCUGAGCUGAUCCAUGCUGCUCAGGAACGACGCUGCGAGCUGAAGCAGCAGAUCAGAUCCCAGCAGGAAUGUGAAGAGAGUCGGGUUGAGGAGCUUCAGGAGAAGCUGCAGCAGGAGCUCACUGAGCUGAGGAGGAAAUCCAUCGAGCUGGACCAGCUCACACACACAGAAGAUCACGUCCAUUUUCUCAAAAAUUACUGCUCUCUGUUGGCUCUGAGGGACUCCACAGUCUCAGUGGACGUUCAUGUUCAUCCUCUGAAGUACUUUGAGGGCGUGAUGGAGGCUGUGUCAGAAGCAGGAAAUAAAGUGCUGCGUGUUCUGAGUGAGGAGGGGACAAAGAUUUCAUCCAGACUGUCUGAUGUGGCUGUUUUACUGUCACCAAAAGAGCUGGAGACCAGAGAUGAGUUCAUGAAAUAUUCACAUCAACUCACACUGGAUCCAAACACAGCAAACAGACGGUUACGUUUGUCUGAUGGAAACAGAAAAGCAACAUUACUGAGAGCAGAUCAGUCAUAUCCUCAUCACCCAGAAAGAUUCACUGGGUUGUGGGAGGUCCUGAGUAAAGAGGGUCUGACUGGACGUAGUUACUGGGAGGUGGCGUGGAGUGGGACAGCUGUUAUAACGGUCACAUAUAAGAAUAUUGAGAGAACAGGGGGGAGGAAUCAAAGUGGAUUUGGAUUCAAUAACCAGUCUUGGUCAUUACAGUGUGACAACAGCGGCUACUCAUUCAGACACAACGAAGUGAAAACUUCUCUCUCAGGUCCUCUGUCCCACAGAGUAGGAGUGUAUCUGGACCACACAGCAGGGACUCUGUCCUUCUACAGCGUCUCUGAAACCAUGACCCUCCUCCACAGAGUCCAGGCCACGUUCACACAGCCCCUUUAUCUGGGAUUUUGGUUUCAAUUUCCUUUAAAUAGCUCCGCUGAGUUGUGUGAACUCAAAUAAACAGCAGUUAGGAAAGUACAUUUUUUUUUAUUGAUUCACUUUUUAUUAUUAUUGAGGGAUUUGAUACUUUUUCAGACAUGUUUAAAUCAUUAUCAUUUUAUUUAGUAAACAUGUUCAUGAGUCAUUCCACUUCAGUUCAUUAAAUAUAAGAGAAAUUCUCCUGACCAUCUCAGAAAAAAAAUGUAUUUCUUCAUAAUUACUCAUUUUUCAAGGGGCUGUUUAAAAACUUAGAUGUAAAGAACUUGACAUAUUUUCGGCUAAACAUUGGGAACUAUGAGUGAAUGUGAAUGCUCAGCUGUUGUAGCUCAAGUUUAACAUGGAAUUUUGAGAGCUUGAAUUUCCCCAAAAAUUUGCCUGUGACCCCAGGACCACUUUUAAAGUCCAAGACAUAAUCUAGCCGGAGAAUAUUAUCUGGGGUCAGAUGAAUCAUUUCAGAGAUAUUAAAGCUCAAAUGAAAACGAUUUACACCCAAAAAUGAAAUAAAAGUAAAUUCUGCUGUAUUUGCAUAAGAUUGACCCCAACUGUAUCAUUUAUCAGUUUUCAGAAAGCUUAACUUUAGACCAUAUAAAAUUGUGGCUUGAAAGUUAAAAAAAAAAUGAAAAUGUACAUUUAUGAAUGUGGUUUGUGGAAAAAAUAUUUGAAAUUGAUGGCAUAAAUGGCAUGUAAAUAACUCUUGGUGGAUAUAUUCAACCAAGUUCUGGAUCACUGGAUUUUUUUUUUUUUUUUUUUUUUUUUCCCCCCCCACCACAUCAUUCUCUGUAGACCUCACACUGUAUGAAAAUCCCAGUAGAUCAGCAGUUUCUGAAAUGACUGCCACAAACAAAAGCAUGGAAACUAUCUUUAUUCCACACUGUGAUCGUUGGUUUGAACUUCAGCAGAUCCUCUUUAACAUGUCCACAUACAGAAAUUGAGUUUUUCUUGCUUGAUUUGUCUCUUGAUAUUUGCUUUAAUGAGUUGAUCAGGCAUACCUAAUGAAGUGGCCAGUAUGUGUACAUUAGCAAUGAUUUUGUAUGUGAAUUCAGUUUAAAUACACUUAACCUGUGAAUUACUUUGACUUUUAGCUGUAGAUUUUUAAAAAAGUAACAUAGAAAUUCAGAAUGUAUUUCAGAUUUAUUACACAACUUUCAAACAUUCCACAACAAACAUGCAGGAAUAAAAU